UUUGCAUCAACACCUGUGCACCCACUCUCUGGAAGUUAGCCGAAAAAGAAGAGGGGGGAAUCCUGCCGUGACUUAUUAUCCAAAAACAGCGAAAAGAAAAAGCCCUUUCUUCUCCAGAGUCAUGCAAAGCAACAGCAGCGCCGCCGGAGCCCUGAGCGCUCUGAGUGUCUGCGGAGGAGAGGAGGAUGAACGCGAAAUCUCCAAACUUAUCAGCCCCACAGGAUCAGUCUCUAGUCUGGCAGCCCUGAACCUUUCACUGAACUGCUGGCUGCACAUCCUCUCCAAGGAGGAGUCCUCUCUGGACCUGCACACAGACAGCGCAAACCUGGCAGUCCGAGUUGUCAUCGCCCUGGUCUACCUGGUGGUGUGUGUUCUGGGACUUGUGGGUAACUUCCUGGCCCUCUUCCUGCUUCACUCCCGCCGACGGGGCCACCACCACUCUUCAAUCGACUGCUUCGUUAUGAGCUUGGCGCUGACAGACCUCCAGUUUGUCCUCACCUUGCCAUUCUGGGCCGUGGACACGGUGCUGGAUUUCCGCUGGCCCUUUGGCCGGAUCAUGUGCAAGAUCGUGAGCUCGGUCACCACCUUGAACAUGUACGCCAGCGUCUUCUUCCUCACCGCCAUGAGCGUGACCCGCUACCACUCACUGGUUACCUCUCUGAAGAUGGGCAGCCCCCGAAUCGCCACCACUCGUGCUAAAUGGGCCAGUUUAACCAUUUGGAUGGUGUCACUGGUGGCUACGCUGCCUCAUGCUUUCUAUUCCACCACAGUCCAGGUGUCCACGGACGACGAGCUGUGCUUAGUGCGCUUCUCUGACUCAGAUUCAGGCCACUGGGAUCCUCAAGUCCUGCUUGGACUCUAUCAAACACAGAAAGUCCUCCUGGGGUUUGUAGUUCCCUUGAUUGUCAUCUCUGUGUGUUACCUCCGCCUCCUGAGGUUCAUCCUGAGCCGGCGCAUUGUAGGAAGCGUGAUCAGUGGGAGUGUCACGGAGAGGUCAGAGUGUGAGAGGGGACGCCACCGCCGCCGCUCCAAAGUCACCCGCUCCGUCACCAUCGUAGUCCUGUCCUUUUUCAUCUGCUGGCUGCCCAACCAGGCGGUCACACUGUGGGGUGUGUUGAUCAAAUUUGACUUGGUGCCCUUCAGCAAAGCCUUCUACAACGCCCAGGCCUACGCCUUCCCCCUGACUGUGUGCUUAGCUCAUGCAAACAGCUGUCUGAAUCCAGUGCUCUACUGUCUGAUCCGAAAAGAGUACAGAGCUGGACUGAAGGAGCUCCUGCUGAGAGUGUCACACUCUGCCCGAAAUGUUCUCACUCUGGCUCUGAGAGGGAGGAGGGUGGAGGAAGCACCACCCAGCCUGGUUAUGAUUCACAAAGACAUCAAUAUAUAAUAUAUGAACUGUAAAAGGAGAAGUUUGACAUUUUGGAAAAUGCAUGGAUUCACUUUCCCGCUGAGAGUUGGAUAAGAAAAUUGACACCACUCAGAUGUUUGUGGGCUAAAUAUGAAGCUACAGCCAGCAGCAGUUUAGCUUAGCUUAGCACUAUGACUGAAAACAGGGGGGUGGAAGCAAGCAAAGGGAUGUAAUGAUGUGACGAUGCAUCGCAAGGCAGUUAAAAAUCGAUAAAAAAUAUGUUAGAUUCAAAUCGGUGAGAUGAAAAUUGAACUGCGAUAUUGUUUUUGAACAGCAGGGGGCGGAAUCUACUUUGACUAAACUUGCUCGUCGUGCUAUGUCACCAUGUGUUCAAUAUCGUACAUCAUGUCCGAGACUAGACAAAAUAAGACGAAGCAAAGGCUCCGCAACAGGCCAUUUUGAAACAGAAGAUACACCCUCCAGUGUAAAAUCAAAGUGUGGCGGCAUCUGAGCUUCCUCAAGUCAGAAACUAAUAAAGGCAAGAAGAGAAAAGACAAAAACAAUCUACAAAUAUUGGAAGAGGGUGUUGAACUACACAAAUUGGACAACUAACAUGAUGCAACAUGUGAGCUGGCAGCUCCGGUCAGCCCCGCCUACGCACAUUACUCCUUAACGACAACUACAUGGCCA